CUGCUUUCACUUGCUACUCCAGGCACUCACUUCACUCACUGCCGGGAGGGUGUCUGCCCUGCAAACCAAGAGUUCGCCCCGGGCGCCGCUCAGCCCAGCCGUCCCAGCCGCUCCACCCGGCCCGACCGACGGUGACAUGGGCUUCCCCCCAGUCCCGGAGGCCUGCGGCCGGCGCUGGGGGCCUGUGCUCCUCGCUCUCUUCCUGGCUGCUUCCCGAGGUCUGGUGACAGCCUUCAAGGUCGCCACGCCGUAUUCCUUGUACGUGUGUCCCGAGGGCCAGAAUGUCACCCUCACCUGCAAAAUCUUGGGCUUGGGCCCCGUGACCAAAGGGCACGACUUGUCCUUCUACAAGACAUGGUUCCGCAGCUCACGGGGUGAGGUACAGGCCUGUUCCGACCGUCGGCCUAUCCGCAACCUCACGUUCCAGGAUCUCCACCUGCACCACACUGGCCACCAGGCCGCCAACACCAGCCAGGACCUGGCCCAGAAACAUGGGCUAGAGUCGAUCUCCGACCACCACGGCAACUUCUCCAUCACCAUGCUCCACGUGACCCCGCUGGACGGCGGCCUCUACUGCUGCCUCGUGGUGGAGAUCAAGCAUCACCACUCGGAGCAGAGGGUCUAUGGAGCCAUGGAGCUGCAAGUGCAGAGCGGUGAUGAAGCACCACCCAAGUGCAUCGCAUACCCAUCCUCCCCCAGGGAGAGUGAAAACAUCACGGCUGCCGCCCUGGCUACGGGCGCCUGCAUUGUGGGCAUCCUCUGCCUCCCCCUCAUCCUGCUCCUGGUCUACAAGCAAAGGCAGGUGGUCUCCAACCGCCGUGCCCAGGAACUGGUGCGGAUGGACAGCAACGCUCAAGGAAUUGAAAACCCAGGCUUUGAGGCCUCUCCAUCCUUCCACGGGAUGCCAGAGGACAAGCCCAGGCCUCCACUGACCUACAUGGCCCAGCGGCUGCCGUCUGAGUCUGGGCGCCACCUGCUCUCUGAGCCCAGCACACCUCUGUCUCCCCCAGGCCCCGGGGAUGUCUUCUUCCCAUCGCUAGACCCCGUUCCUGACUCCCCAAACUCUGAGGCCAUCUAGACCAGCCAGGGGCCAGUGAGCAGCUGUGGCUGGGCCCGGGGCCAGUGCAUUUGGGCCAGACUGGCCCUCUGAGUGUUCCCUUGGCCGUGGCCCUGGUUUUCUCCCUCCUGCUCUGAGCACAGACUCGUUGAGAUACCCCUGAUGGCCAGUUUCUUAAUCCCUCUGGAUGCUACAUGGCAGAAGUGAGAAGGUGUGGAUCACUCAGCUCCUAUCUCAAGAAUGGCGGGGUGUGGGGAUCCCACCGCAGAGACCUGAAAUCCACCAGCUACAGCCGCCAAAUGACCUACAGCCUCCAAGCCCCAGAGUUCCCGCUCUGUGGCAGCCACUCAGGGACAUGAGCCUUGGGACUCGACAGCUGGGACAAGAUGGGUACUGAGCAGACCCCGCAGUGCUGCUCUCCCUGGAAUGAGACACUGACCAGAUGUGGAGGGAUUCCUCUCUACCCCACUGUGUUGGACCGGCUCCCCCAUCUCAUCUGAGGCUGCUCAUCUGUCAGACUCACUCUUUGUAACCAUGGGGCUCAGAGCUAGGCCUGCCUGUCUUCAGGGCCCUGGGAGCCUCCCCAACAGCCUCCUACCAGUAACCUCCCCUAGGAGCUGUCAGCAACUGAAAGAAAUCUGGGGCUCCCACUGCCUGCACUCUGGUCUCCAGAGUUCACUGGCCAGAGGCCCCAAAACAGGAAGUACUCGUUGGGGCACGGAGGCCAUUGUGAGCCAACUGGCAUCUUGGGCAAUGGAGGCCAGGCCCGAGGUUGCUCACCCACCCCAGGUGGGGGUGGGGGUGAGGGAGAGCCCAGGGCCUGCUGGGAAGUGAGUGGAGAGGGCGCCAUUAGCGCUGUCUUCCCCAUCGCCCUCCUCCACUGCUCAGUUUGGCCACUAGAAAGGGUGACCACAGACUGUACUGUCCAAACUGUGACACUUUUGAGAGUGAAGAGGGCAUACUAUUAAAGAGCUCAUGGGCAACAGGUGCAAA